GCUGCUACAGCAGUACCGCAGGCGGUAUGCCAUCGGUAGCUCCUCCGAAGCAGAGCCCUCGCGGUAAUCGGAACGAGCUGCAUGAUGCGGCCGACAACGAUAUCAUCGCGGAAAUUCUAGCUCUUGUUUGCGGCGGGUCCGUUGACAUCGACCAAGGCGACCCUCACGGCUGGACCCCUCUCAUGAUCGCCACGGCGCAGGGCCACUCCCGCACGGUCCGGGUCCUGCUGGACGUGGGGGCAGACGCGUCGAUGGUGGGCGAGAACGGCGCCACGGCCCUGAUCAUCGCCGCCCAGCGGGGGCACCUAGAGGCCGCAGAGAUGUUGGUGGAGGCAGGCGCAUAUCUCGAGGCGGUGACCCCGCAAGGCUUCACCCCGCUCCACCUUGCCGCGUACGAAGGGUACCCGGAGGUGAUGAGAGCGCUGAUCUCCGCGGGCGCGGAGGUCAACAGCCGCUUGCCGAACGGAACGACGCCGCUGUACACGGCGGCGCUGAGGGGGAAGAUGGAGUCGAUCAAAGAGCUGCUUCGCGCGAACGCGGACCCGCUACUGGCAAGAACGACCCCGACCGGGAAUUUCCCCCCCUUGGCCGCAGCGGCGGAGCGUGGGCGCGUGGGUGCCGUUCGCGAGCUAAUUCGGCAGCUAGGGAUCGAAAAAUUUGGCGCGGCCGGCGGUCUAGAGGCCCUUCGUCUCGCCGCGAAAGACGGGCACGUUGACCAGCAGCAGCAGCAGCAGCAGCAACGGCAGGAGGAGAAGAGCAUCGCCACUAGCGCGUACGUGAACAACGCCCGCGACGCCCUCGGCAGAACGCCCUUACUCGGCAGCAUCGACAUCGGGAUUAUCAAGCCGUGCUUUCCCAGGAUCGUGCGGUUGCUCGUAGACUCAGGCGCGGACACGAAAUCGGCCGUUCGUUACACGUACAGGGAUGGGUUGGUGGGAUUCAGCGACACUCCUCUGUAUCGCACGAUACGCAUCCUCCGUGACGUUGAGACCGAGGGGAAAGACGACAACGAGAAGCAGCUGGGCAGGUUGGAGGCCGUCCGCCGCUUACUUUUGCGGGUGGAGGCAGUUCAUGCGACCUCCUGGGUGUGGCCCAGCAGUGCUGCUGCCUCUGUCGCCCAAGAUGCCGCUGAGGUUAUAGCUGGCGCUAAGACGGAGUCGACACGGCUGAGAAGCAUGAUGCAAAUCCUUAGACGUAGGGCUACGAGACGAGGCGUGCUAUUACGGGCCCUGUCAAGAUAUUCGUCGUCAGAGACCGACGUUCCAUGUGAACCUUCUCGCGGGAUAUUUUCAUGAAGAAGGCGGUGGUUUCAUGAGAGUUUUGCCUUCUUUGUCGUUGAACGGAGCGAGAACCGUGGGGGGUGUAGAGGGGACGUUGUUUCUUUCCUCCAAGCAGUUGUAGCGAAAUCAGCGGUAGACUACAUGCGGUUUGAGCCGCGGAGAGGAACGCGCAGAUGGAUGGCGACGGUGGUGCUUGGGCUGCGUGGAGGAGCGGCAGCUUUUGAGCAGACUAAUGCACAACCAGAACCUGGAUCAGUCACCCAUGGUGUAGCUUUGAAAGUGGGGGGGGGGAAGCUCCUAUUCAGAAGCGGGAGCUAGAAUUGGUACCACAGGUUGGCCUCCGCCGACUGAAAAUAUUGUCAUGCCCAUGCUUUUGAUGCCAAACUGGCCAAGAAGGCGCCGUCAUGUUAGCCGUAGCCGCCGCCGCCGCUGCCGCCCAUCACGCUGCUACUCGCCAUGACACUGAUGGAAGAACGGCCGAAAUAUUAGACUAGAAGCGCCGCGACGUCUGGGCGCAUGACGCGCGGCUCCACGCAGCUGCUUCCAAAGAGUAGAUACAUCACCAAAGGGUGUUCUCGCUCAAGCACAUCGUGGCUCGUGGUGGCAACAUUCUUUUGGAGCAAGAUCAAUGACAAGCUUCGUUACAUCAAGGUGACAAGACCAAGCGUGCACAAACCACUACAAGUCCACCCUUGCAAUCCAAACGGUUGCGCAACCUUUUGGCGCCCCCUCUUUUCCCUGCCAGGAUCUCCUGGGAACACCCCCCUGCGGUACUUGAACAAGCAGUGACCCUCGGUACCCAUCUCCACACCUCUGGAUAGCACACGCGACUGCUACCGUGGUGCCCGACGUGUAUACAAUAGUGUUCGUAAGCUUGGCUUCUUGUUCGUGCUCUGCUUGAAACUGCUGCUACAAAACCGGCGGGCGCAUGAGAAGUGUGACCAUGAGGGCACACUCUGACGGGGCACCGAGAUUAAAACUAUGAAGCACGCACAAUUCGAGUGGAAGUGGUGGCCUACAUAGCCGCCAAGUUUUUGCCCUGUUUCAUGUUUCUUCCCCGAUAUCCCGCGAGACCCCCGUCUUGUAAUGGAACAUCUAUCCCCUAAUGGAACACACCCAUUUCUGUCCCAUUUCCGUCUCAAAAUCGGGCCCAGCCCAGCACCACCAAAAUUCCGUCCCAUCACGCAAAACCGACGAAGUUAUAACACGUGGAGGGUUUCUUGCAGCACACUCCCCAUGUACUUCUUCACGCCCCCAACACGCCAAAAAGGAAGCCAACCAACGAGCGAACACGGCGGUAUCACCGAAGGCCAAAAUGCCACACCGCCUACUCGAACAUCGAGAAGGUUAGUGUUCCCCUCCAACCCCCCCCCCCCUUGAUCCCUAUCAUAAUUUAACGUCAAAAUUUUUAGUGUCCUUGACAAGUUCGGCCUUCGUUCGUUCACAGAAUAGCCGCCGGGGGGCCUAACGAGCCCCCCCGCACACACGUACACCCAUUUGCAAAAUCCAAUACCGUCACCCUUCCCAACGGAGUCGCCUGUUCGUAUUGCAACGGCUAUUUCAAAGCGUUGAGCGCCUAAGCCAAAAGCACCGAUACCCCCUGUCGCUAAAACAGCUUAGGCUUGGCGUAUUUCUUGUGGCCCGUGGGAUCGGUCGUCCGAGCUGAUCGAAGAACGACGCAACCGGAUGGUAUCACAAACUCCCGUUUGUCCCUCCCAUGUGUCCGAUCCAUCCGUCCGCGGCUCUCUUCUUCAACAACGACAGCAAAAAAAAAAA